AUGUCGUUUACUCGGUUCAAAAGACUGCCGGCUGAGCUACGGGCAUAUAUCUGGAGGCUCAGUCUACCAGAAGACGAGAGCGAAGUGUGCGUCAUCUGGUGGGAGGGGAACGGGCUGCCUUUGCUCGUCGACACGGGAUUUCCAGUUGCGAUGCACGUAUGUUUCGAGUCACGCGCCAUAGCCCAAGCCAGUGGGGUACAGUUUCGCGAUUCCGCGGUUGCAGGGUGCCUGGUGCCAUACCGGCCGUUCGACACGGCGCUGGACAUUCUCUACUGGGGUUUGGAGAGCCCCGUGUCCAUCUACCAGGCGCGCAAUUUAGAUUGCCUCAAGGACGUGCAGCACUUGGCGGUAGAAGUACAGCGGGCCGACGCGAGCCUCAGCUCCAUUUUCAGGAAAACGUUUCCCGAGCCGCGGGCGCUGCCGAACGUCUCGAUGGUGCUGCCGGACGCACAGCUGGCGCUGAUGUCUUGUCAGCGGCAAACACUUGGCAGCCGUCAAGCCGGUACAAGCUGCCAGCGCGAAAGCGAACCAUCGGUCCAGGAUGUGAUGCAGGAUAUGCAUGAGCGCAUUGGGUACCCGCAGGGACGCAUGCAGCAAAUAGAGAAACUCAUGCACGAAAUGGAGGAGGGCAUACAGGGAGCGGAGAAACGCAUACAGGAGACGGAGGAGGGCACGCAGAAUCUACAGCCACGAAAAUUCGUCUGGAGCCGCGGACGCGUCUAUGACGAUAUGCUGAUGUUUGUCGAGUACCAGAGAGACGGCACCUGGAAGGAGUGCUGUACGGAUCGGGCGUACAUGUGCGAGAAGAGCAAGAGUCGCCUUCGAAUGGUCGAUGCACUGAGGCUCACGAAAGACGCCAAUAGACGAUGGUGCGCCCGGUAUAAUGUAGUCAGGGUCGUUGUGCUCCUGAGUUUGUAUACUUAG